UACACCCUCCCUCCGCCUGGGAGCACCGUAGCAGAGUGAUCACGGGUCACUCUGGUGACGUGUAAGUAGCAAUGAUACCAGGAAGUGUGAACUAGGGAAGCAAAAUAGUUUUGGUAAAUUGAUUAUUUUCACUCGUUAUCAAGGAAUAUAAUUUAUUCUGUAGUGAAUAGGUGUAUACUCUAGUUGUGUAACAUAUUACCAGCCGUCUAGCUAGCCAUGGGACGACAUGGGCGCGUUGGUUUAGCGGUGUUUGUACUCGUGCUGGUCUUUUGCGAAGCAAGAAGACACAAACUCGCUCUAAAGAAUGACACUAGAUUUGUGGUUCAUCUCAACACCUUUGGUUUCUUUGCCAACGGAACUCUGGACGUCAACGUUCUCUCCCUGAGACUGCCUGAGGACAACAGCAAGCACCCUGUGGGAUUCAGUCUCUCCAAGUCUCGUGUUAAUGGAGUGCUGUCCUACACAGCGGAGGAAACGGAGGUGUGUCCGCUCAGCAAACAAAGCAGUGUCGAGCCCCUCUUCCUCUUCCUCAUUGACACCAACAACCUCAGAGUCAAUGUGAAGUCUUAUGGAGACCAGGACAGUGUUUUGACCCAGCUGAAGACAGACAAGACACUCACUAAAGACUCAGGUUCCAGGAGUAGAAGAGCGGUUCCCAAUGACUCUGAGGACUUCAAUGUGACAGUACAGAAGAGUAAUGUGGAGGAAGAGAAGAAAGCUGCAGGGCAGAAAGAUGCAGUGCUGGAAGAGGGGACGAAGGAGGAAGAGAAGGAAGUGAAGGCGGAGUUGGACAAAAUGGAGACUAAAAAACCUACCAAGCAGGUGGGGCGGAUCAACGGGCUGACUCUGGAUGUGCAGAAAAUCAACGGCUCCUACAGCUUCAGCUUCCACAUGGUGAUUGGCCAGUUGGAUGAGGGCCUGUACAACCUCAACUUCCACUACUGUGAGAACAUUCUGCCGGGCACCAACCGCCCCUACACUCUCAAUGUGGAGGUGACAGAGAAGAACCCAGGAGGUUACCUGUCAGCAGCAGAGAUCCCUCUCCCUCGUCUCUACAUCUUCAUGGCUGGAGUCUUCUUCAUUAUAGCCAUGGUCUGGGUUUACACACUGCUGAAGCACAGGUACAGUGUGUUUAAGAUCCACUGGCUGAUGGCAGCUCUGGCCUUCACCAAGUCCAUCUCCCUGGUCUUCCACAGUAUCAACUACCACUUCAUCAACACAGAGGGACACCCCAUAGAAGGAUGGGCUGUCAUGUACUACAUUACUCACCUGUUGAAGGGGGCUCUGCUGUUCAUCACUCUGGCCUUGAUUGGUACUGGCUGGGCCUUCGUUAAAUACAUCCUGUCAGACAAGGAGAAGAAGAUCUUCAUGAUCGUCAUCCCUCUACAGGUUCUGGCCAACGUAGCCUACAUCAUAAUAGAGUCUACAGAGGAGGGCUCUAGUGAGUACGCCCUGUGGAAGGAGGUUCUGUUCCUGGUUGACCUCAUCUGCUGUGGAGCUAUCCUCUUCCCUGUUAUAUGGUCUAUCCGUCACCUACAAGAGGCUUCCAGCACUGAUGGGAAAGUGGCCAUGAACCUGGAGAAACUCAAGCUAUUCAGACAUUACUAUGUCAUGAUAGUGUGUUAUGUCUACUUCACGAGGAUCAUAGCCAUCCUGCUGAAGGUGACGGUGCCUUUCCAGUGGCAGUGGUGUUACGAGUUCCUAGUGGAGGUGUCUACUCUGAUCUUCUUUGUGUUGACGGGGUAUAAGUUCCGCCCGGCUUCCAACAACCCCUACCUCCAGCUGCCCCUGGAUGAGGAGGACGUGGAGAUGGAUGAAGUGGUGACGGAGUCCGGUAUGUUGGAGGGCAUCUCUAAAGUCAAGAAGACGUCUAAUGGUCGAGAGCUCCAGAAAUAGUCUACCUUGUGAGAGUGUGUGUGUUUGGCAAGAGGGGGAUGUUCUAAACACCCAUAACCCCUCGGCGUUGGAGAGAAACGGGGACUGAAACGGACCAAGACACACCCUUUACCCCCCCCCCAAACACUCCUCGAUCUGAAACUGUUACUAAAGCAACCACCGCCUCGCUAUGCAACAAGACAAACGAUGACAGACUUUAGUUGUCGUUGGACCUUCUCUCUCUCUCUCUCGUUAAUCUGGAGACUUUCUGGAGGCUCUGCACCCCUGCCUGGUGUCAUAAUGGUUCAUUCCAGGGAGAACUCUUCCACCCCCCCUCAUCGAUGGAUGAAUAGAACGGUCUGGGAUAGAAUGGACCUCUCUCUCUCUCCCUUUCCUUCUCUCCUUUUCGUCUCUCUGGAGAACGGAGGAAGCGAGACUCCAAAGAUGAUCAUUUUCCAGAUGUGUGAUUGGUAUAUUUUAUAUUCAGAGUAUCUUGUUCUGUUUUAAUGUGUCCCAACUGGCACCCUAUUCUUGAUGUAGUGCGCUACACAGGGUGUGGUUUGGAACCCUGUCCCUGAUGUAGUGCGCUACACAGGGUGUGGUUUGGAACCCUGUUGCUGAUGUAGUGCGCUACACAGGGUGUGGUUUGGAACCCUGUUGCUGAUGUAGUGCGCUACACAGGGUGUGGUUUGGAACCCUGUUCCUGAUGUAGUGCGCUACACAGGGUGUGGUUAGGAACCCUGUUCCUGAUGUAGUGCGCUACACAGGGUGUGGUUUGGAACCCUGUCCCUGAUGUAGUGCGCUACACCGGGUGUGGUUUGGAACCCUGUUCCUGAUGUAGUGCGCAGCCUCUGUCUAUUUAAGUGGUACUUCUGUUCUGUUGGACUACUAUGGCUGUAUUUUGAUGUGUUUCUUUCAUUUGGAGAUGCAGUUUGAGACGUCUGUCUGUCGAACAGGGGUUAUCCAACCUUCCUCUGAAGGUGCUGGUAUGGGUGCAGGCUUUUGCGCCGGCCCUGCAGUAAAACACCUGUUUCAACUAAUCAUUUUUUUAUAGUUGAUUUAAUUAUAGUUAAGUCAAAUUCUAGUUAUCAAUAAAGAACAGCUGAUUCAACUGAUUAAUUAGUCAUAGUCAUCAAUAAUGACUUUAUUAGUGGAAUCUGAUGUGUUGCACCCACCGUGGCCCUGACAGGUUCUGACUGUCUCACCCCUGGACCAGAGAACAGACACCCACCGUGGCCCUGACAGGUUCUGACUGUCCCACCCCUGGACCAGAGAACAGACACCCACCGUGGCCCUGACAGGUUCUGACUGUCCCACCCCUGGACCAGAGAACAGACACCCACCGUGGCCCUGACAGGUUCUGACUGUCCCACCCCUGGACCAGAGAACAGACACCCACCGUGGCCCUGACAGAUUCUGACUGUCCCACCCCCAGUGAAAGCAGCAUCUAUGUGGGUAUUUGGGGGAAGUUAUCAGAACCCUGGUCAGGAUAGUGACAGGUCCACCGUUCAAUCAAUCUUCAUCAUUUGAUUUGCAUCUCCAUAUCGUCUGUUCUGUUCUUGUUAAUAUAGAUGAUUCACAUGUUUGAAUGUAUAUCAAGAUAUUGUUUAUUUCACUUUUCUUUAAUCCUGGUUCCAUCUCAGCACACCUGAUUCCAUCAAUCAUCCAAUCAUCAAGCCCUUUUGAUAAGUUGAUUGAGGUGUGUUAGGCUGGCACAAAACCCUGCACAGUCUGGGUUUCCAGGACUGGGAUUUUGACUUUGUGUUUGUCAGAAUCAUAGACUGGGGAUGAAUUUUUAUUUUGUUUCUCAGAUUUUCAUGGAAUGCUUUUUACUGAGCGGCUGAUGUUUGUAUUUAGUCUAUUUUUGGUUUUACUGUGUUGUUACUAUUGACAUUAUUUAACAGAUCACGAGUUUGUAAAUAUUGAUAUUGACGAAAGACUGAGAGGAUGGUUUUAUUAUCGUUGGUGGCAACAUAAGCAGUACAUAGCACCUUCGUAAGCAGUGCAUGAGGGCUUCAUAGGUAAAUGCAUCGUCUUGAUUUUAUUCCAAUAUGACAUGUACCGACCCAAUCGCAACAACCCCCACACCCUUCCAGCAGGUAUUUGAAACUAUCCAAUCCUUACAGACCCAAACAGACCUGUUGAUCUGGGAUUGGGCUAUGGAUCCUCCACAGGGAUGACGUAGGCCCUUAAGUAUUGCUUAUGAAGUAGCCUCUAAGUAGGUUUCCUGCUCCAACUCUAAAGAUCUGAUCAGACAUGGACUGUACAUCAGUGGAGUUGUUGCUCAUAGCAACAUGUCAAAAGUAUACCUAAUUUACAUCCCAAAUGGCACCCUAUCCCCUAUAUAGUGCUCUUCAUUUGACCAUAGCCCUAUGGGUUGAACCCUAUCCCUUAAGUAGUGCACUAUAAAGGGGAAAGGAUGCCAUUUGUGGCACAGAGGGAGGAGUUGAAUGGAUCUGUUCCAGGGUUUGUUGUGCGUCUGUUUUAAACUAAAACCUGCUAACCAACGAUGUAAUGUCUAACAGUAUGACGGAUGUCACAUGGUUAAAUAAAGCUGACCUUUGGAACAUG